AUGGAAACUUCAAUUCUCUAUGAACAAGAUGAUGAUAACAUAUAUGUGGCAGAAUUAUCACGUAAUAUUCAUGAAAAUAGUGAAGAAAGUGAAUCGAAUGAUAAUGACGAUUAUGAUAUUCAAGACUAUUUUUUUUCACUUGAACAAAUAAAUACAAUAGUUCAAAAUACCAAAAAAUAUGCUUGUUUAAAGGGUGCAAGAGAGGGACAUUAUUGGAAUAUGGAUAAUAGAUUUCCAGAACAUAAGAUCGCAACUUUUAUGACAAUGCUUCGUUUUGAACAA